ACAUCAGUGCAGCGUGUUCAUGACGAAACAUUUAUUUAAAAUAUAAAUAUUUCUGGAACAUCUAUUACGAUAUGGCCACUCUUGACAGAAAAGGCACAUUCAAGGUUGAGUAUCUUCAAGAUAUAGAGAAAAAAGUACAGCAACUAUGGGAAAAGGAAAAAAUCUUCGAAGUCGAAGCACCAGAUGAUGGCAAACCACAUGAAAAAUUUAUGUGUACUUUCCCAUUUCCAUACAUGAAUGGACGCUUACAUCUUGGCCAUACUUUCUCUCUUUCAAAAUGUGAGUUUGCAGUAAGGUAUCAUCGCCUCAAAGGCAAAAUGGUGCUAUUUCCUUUUGGCUUCCAUGGCACGGGAAUGCCCAUUAAGGCAUGUGCUGAUAAACUGAAGAGGGAAAUUGAAUUAUAUGGUUGCCCUCCAGUUUUCCCCAAAGAGGAAGAGGUAGUUGAAGAGGAUCAAGGAGAUAUUCUUACUAAAGAUAAAAGUAAGGGCAAGAAAAGUAAAGCAGUUGCAAAGGCAGGUACAGCAAAGUAUCAGUGGCAGAUCAUGAGGAGUCUUGGCAUUUCUGAUGAAGAAAUCAAGGAAUUUGCAGAUGAGUUACAUUGGCUUGAAUACUUUCCACCAAGAGCUGUUGAAGAUUUAAAGGAAAUGGGUGUGCAUGUUGAUUGGCGUCGUAAGUUCAUAACAACAGAUGCAAAUCCAUUUUUCGAUUCAUUUGUCAGAUGGCAGUAUAACCAUCUGAAAGAUCGUAAAAAAAUUAUGUUUGGCAAGCGGUACACCAUAUUUUCGCCUUUAGACAAGCAGCCGUGUAUGGAUCACGACCGUAGUACAGGAGAAGGCGCCGGGCCUCAAGAGUACACUCUUAUCAAAAUGGAAGUUUUAGAACCACUUCCAGAUGUCCUGAAAAUUUUCAAAGGAAAGAACGUAAGUUUUGUAGCAGCUACACUUCGGCCCGAAACAAUGUACGGUCAAACUAAUUGCUGGGUCCAUCCCGAUAUAAAGUACAUAGCGUUUGAAACUGUUAAACACGGUGUUUUCAUAUGCACGCGACGCGCCGCUAGAAACAUGGCUUAUCAGGAUUUCACAGAGAAAGAUGGAGAGUUUAAAAUUCUCUUAGAAAUUUUGGGGCACGACCUUCUAGGGAUAGCUUUAAAAUCUCCGUUGACGUGUUAUCCAAAAAUUUACGCACUGCCCAUGCUUACGAUCAAAGAAGACAAAGGCACUGGCAUUGUUACUAGCGUGCCUUCCGACUCGCCCGAUGACUACGCCGCGCUUGUUGACCUGCAAAAGAAACCCGCUUUCCGGGAAAAGUAUGAUCUUAAAGAUGAAAUGGUUAUGCCGUUCACGCCCGUGCCGAUUCUAGAGAUACCCGAAUUCGGUAAUUUGUCUGCAGUGCACGUAUAUGAUAAACUGAAGAUUCAAAGUCAAAAUGACAAGGAGAAGUUGGUCCAAGCGAAGGAAAUGGUUUACCUCAAAGGUUUCUAUGAUGGUGUUUUAUUAGUAGGUGAUUAUAAGGGUAGUAAAAUUCAAGAUGUUAAGAAGAAUUUGCAAAGCAAACUUGUUAAGGAGAAUGGUGCUGUCAUAUAUUAUGAGCCUGAGAAGACAAUUAUGUCGCGGUCGGGAGACGAAUGUGUCGUUGCUCUGUGUAACCAGUGGUACCUGGUGUACGGCACUGAAGACUGGAAGCGGCAGGCGGAGAAAGCGCUGGCUGCUAUUAACACGUACCACGACGAGGUCAGAAAGAAUUUCCAGGCAACUCUAAACUGGCUGCAUGAAUAUGCAUGCUCUAGAACUUAUGGCCUUGGAACCAAAUUACCCUGGGAUGAGCAAUGGGUGAUAGAGUCGCUAUCGGACUCCACUAUUUACAACGCCUACUACACUAUAUCUCAUUUCCUACAAGGCGACACUUUCCGCGGUAACAAAGAGAACGCCCUGAAGAUUAAACCUGAACAAAUGACUGCUGAAGUGUGGGACUAUAUUUUCUUUAAAGAUGCGCCAUGCCCAAAGACCAACAUACCGAAAAAGUCCCUAGAUGCAAUGAAAAAAUCGUUCCAAUUCUGGUAUCCAGUAGAUCUGAGGACAUCAGGCAAGGAUCUCAUUCAAAACCAUCUAACAUUCUACAUCUACAACCAUUGCGCCAUUUGGCCUAACGAAGAGGACAAAUGGCCUAAGGGAAUCCGCGCAAAUGGUCAUUUAAUGUUGAAUUCCGCUAAGAUGUCGAAGUCUGAAGGCAAUUUUUUGACUUUGAAGGAGUCUAUAGAAAAGUUCAGUGCUGACGGAAUGAGGCUGACCUUAGCUGAUGCGGGAGAUUCGGUGGAAGACGCGAAUUUUGUGGAGAGCACCGCGGACGCCGCCAUAUUGAGACUGUACACAUUCAUCGAGUGGGUUAAGGAGAUGGUAGCUGCAAAACCUACUUUGAGAACGGGUGAAUACAACUUCCAUGACAAAGUGUUUGUAAGCGAGAUGAGCACGAAGAUAUCGCAGACCGACGACAACUACAACAAGAUGCUGUUCAAGGAGGCGCUGAAAUCCGGCUUCUUCGAACUGCAGGCCGCGCGAGAUAAAUACAGGGAGCUGUGUUCAGAGGCCGGUAUGCACGCGGGCCUGGUGACGAGUUACAUAGAGAUCCAGGCCAAGUUGAUGUCGCCGAUCUGUCCGCACGUGGCCGAGCACGUGUGGGAACUACUGGGAAACAAAGCCAGUAUUCUCCACGAGCGCUGGCCGACCCCUGGCCCAGUGGAUGAAGUGGCAGUCAAAGCUAGCAACUACCUGAUGGACGCGGCGCACUCUUUCCGCAUCUAUCUGAAGAACCACUGCGCCGUGAAGAAGCCGAAGAAGGGCGAAGCGCCCAAGCCCGAGAGGAAGCCCAACAAAGCCACGAUAUGGGUCGCGAAGGAAUACCCCAAGUGGCAGCACAUCAUAUUGACUACCCUCAAGCAAUUGAAUGGGGCAGGUGGUCUCCCUGACAACAAAACCAUCUCGACGGAACUCGGCAAGGUGCCCGAGCUGAAGAAGUACAUGAAGAGGGUCAUGCCAUUCGUUCAAGCCACCAGGGAGAACAUGGAGCGGGUGGGAGUGGAGGCUCUGUCCGUGGGGCUGCCGUUCGACGAGGCGGCCGUGCUGCUGGACAACAGGCAGUACCUACUCAGCACGCUAGAUCUGGACUCAAUCGAAGUGAAGCACACGGAGUGCGCAGACGCCCCUGAGAAGACGAAAGAGGACUGCGCGCCGGGACAGCCGCACAUCAACUUCACGGCGGAGGUCGGCGUGCGCGGGAGUUUCAUCAACCCGACGCCGUUCAACGGACUGUUCACGGUGCACGUGGACCUGGUUGAUGGUGACUCCGUGGAGAAGAUCAAGGCCAAAAUUGUUAAGGAUGUCAAAGCGAUUAAAGACGCAAGUUCCUUGAAGUUAUGGCGGUAUGCCGACCCGCUCAUGGGCCCCAGAAGGAUCCCGGUCCCCGGGGACUACAAGGACAAGUGCGUGGUCAUGGAAAACGCGACAGUAUUAAAAGUAGACGUAGCUUCAAAUAAAGUCGAGCUAGUCAGCGGAGGGAAAAGUAUAGACGUUGGUACUCAAUUCGUCUAUACUUACGAGAAAUAAUUUGGAUUAUGAUGUUUUUUAAGAUCGUAAUAAAUUAUUUAUUUAUUAUGCUG